GGCUUUACGCCGUGCCGUGAGCGAGGGCGCGCUGUCGCCAUCGCAACGCAGCUGAGCGGGCCUCCGGGGCAGCGGGGGGCGAAGAAGUCUGGCGGGAGGAACGAUAUUUGGCAUUACAAGAACAGAGACAGCCUUCAACACAUCUGACGAGGGAGGAACAGCACUCACACAAACAACAAGCAAGCCACCAGAAACAAGCAGAGCAAAAACACUCUGGGAAACCAAAUACAAAUCUAUUUUCAAGAGAAUCUUUAGCUUCUUGCCGUAGGAGCUGAUGGAGCCUCCCAUCACUUGAAUUGUGGAGGCCACUUCAGAAAUUCUAUGUCAAUCAGGUCCAACACUGAAGUACAGCUAACUAUAGGAGUCCAUGUUCCAAAUUCUUGAAAACCCGGUUACGGAUGUCAGCUGUGGAUGCCCCAUCCCUGGAGGCAUUCAAGGCCAGGCUGGAUGUGGCUCUGGGCAGCCUGGUCUACUGGUUGGCGACCCUGCACAUGGCCGGGGGGCUGAAACCAGAUGAUCUUUGAGGUCCUUCUCAACCCCCCUGCCACCCUAUGAUUCUGUGAGACAAGCCGGUGUCGAGGAAGCCCCUAGCCAGGAAGAAGUCCAGUGCAAAGGGAAAAGGACUGCUAGGGGGCCAGGGGCUCACUGUGUUUUAGAGGCCGAGAGAUGUGAAGCUUGGAGAUGCCCUUGCAAAUAAAAUCAUUUACGCAGGGAGACCUGCAAACGAGAUGCCUUUGCUAACCAGAGACUUGGGAAUGAGGUGCCCUUGCUUGCAAGUACGUUCCUUUCCCCUCUGUCUGUACGUUCUCACCAGGUAAGAUCUCAGUUACAAAAGCCUGUAGACAACUUGGACUUCAGAACUUUGGACGUGCUGUGCAGGCCUGAUAGGUCACACAGAAGGGGGAACGUUACGGGCACCGGGAAGCCUGUAACCUCCACGUACUUGAGCCAACGAGGAAAGAAGGAAGGGACAAUGCGAACGGGAAGACAGGAUAAAAGGGAUUCUUUCCCAUCCUUGGUGAGACCCACAGGUGUGAGGUGAGACCUCCCUUUCUUUCAAUCAAGAAAGCUAAAGCCUCUCCUCCGACUCUUUUGGGGAUAAAGAUAACUGAGCAAGCCCAUCAGAGCCCAAUUUUCCCACAGAGCCCGGGAAAUUUGGGAAUUGGCUGAUGUGGUUGCCAAGCCACUCUCCAUGAUACGAGAAAAGUCGUGGCGCUCAGGUGAAGUCCCUGGUGACUGGAAAAAAAGGCAACACCACACCCAUUUCUACAAAGGGUAAAAAGGAUGGCCCCGGGAACUACCGGCCUGUCACUCUAACCUCUGGCCUGGGGAGGAUCACAGAGCAGAUCCUCCAAGAAGCAAUGCUAAGGCACACGGAAGGCAGGGAGCUGAUACGGGAGAACCAGCAUGGCUUCUGCCCAACCAAGGGCAAAUCCUGCUUGACCAACCUGGUGGGUGGGCUUCCGUGAUGGUGUCACUGCAUCAGUGGACAAGGGAGAGCCACUGAUGUCCUCCAUCUGCAUUAAAGUAAGGCCUUCGACACGGUCCCCCACAACAUCCUUCUCUCCAAAUUGGAAAGAGGUGGAUUUGACGGGUGGGCUGUUUGAUGGAUGAAGGACUGGCUGCAGGAUGGAGUCCAGAGAGUGGUGGUCAGCGGCUCCAUGUCUGGAUGGAGAUCGGCGUCCCACAGUGCUGGCAGCGAUUUGAGGAUGACACCAAGCUGUAAGGUGCGGGGACACACCAGAGGGAUGGGAUGCCACCCAGAGGGAGCUGUGCAGGCUGAGCAGAUGGCCCAGGUGAACCUCAUGAGGUUCAACAAAUCCAAGAGCAAGGUCUUGCGCCUGGGUCGAGGCAACCCCCACUACCAGUAUGAGCUGGGGGUGAAAGGACUGAGAGCAGCCCUGCAGAAAGACACCUGGGGAUGCAGGUGGGUGGGAAGGUGGACAUCAGUCAGCACUGUGCCUUCACAGCCCAGAAAGCCAACCGUAUCCUGGGCUGCAUUCCAAGCAGCACGGCCAGCAGGGCAAGAGAGGUGAUCCCGCCCCUCUACCCUGCGCUGCUGAGGCCUCACCUGGAGCACUGUGUCCAGAUGUGGAGUCCUCAGCACAGGACAGACAUGGAGCUGUUGCAGCGCGUCCAGAGGACGGCCACAAAAAGGAUCCCAGGAACGGAACAGCUCUCCUGCAAGGACAGAGCUGGGGCUGAGAGAGCUGGGACUGUGCAGCCUGGAGGGGAGGAGGCUGUGAGGUCACCUGAGAGCAGCCUUCAGCGUUCAAAGGGGAGAGACAGGAAAGAAUAGCACAGACUCUGUAGCAGACUCUGUGGCGAUACAACAAGGGGAAAUGGCUUCGAGCUCAGGGAGGGCGCGUUUCGUUUGGAUGUAAGGAAAAAAUCUUCUUUUCCUUAGGGAAGGUGGAGAGGCACUGGAACGUGUUACCUAGUGUUGAGGUGGAUGCCCCGUCCCUGGAGACUUUCAAGGUGAGGCUGGACCAGGCCCUGUGCGUUGCAGGGGAGCUGGGCUACGUGGCCACGAUGGAGUCACCACGGCGACACAGAGGAACAAUGCCGGGUAAUGGAUGGAGCUUUCUGACAAGGAAUCGGCUCGUUCCAGGCAAAGCCGGGCAACUUUCAAAACAACAAAUCAUAACCGUUACGGUAAAGGGUACUUUGGAACAGUUGUGAUUUCCGCGCCAACUGCCUGAAGAUCAAUGUAGGCAACGGCUACUAAAGAGAAAUGAGGAACGCAAUCCUGAGAGGAAAGAAAAGAAGAGAGAGAAAACAGAAAGGUGCCAGCACUCCCGCUCGGGGCGGGCAGCAGGCCGCUGUCCUGCGUCAUAAUGGGCCACGGCCAGCACUGGCCACGCUGUCACUGCGUCGCCACGGCAACGUUUGUGACACGGCCACCCGGGAGGGGUAUAAAGGCGGUGCACGGUGGUGGGUCCUGCACCCUGAAGGAGCAUCUGGACGAGAGCAGACGCAUCUGAAGGGAUGAGCUCCGGCAUGGCUGGCGCCAACACGGAGCAACCCGCUGGCACGAGGCGGAACAGGACGAGCGAGGCCGGCCCCGCAGCGAGGCGUGCCUCCAGAGCGACAGACACCAACACCGAAGAGCGAGUUGCCGUCUGGGAUGCGGUGGCCGCCUACGUACAGGAGCACCUCCUGGUGCAGAAGGGGGUCUGGAUUCCCACCUUCGGCUCAUUCGACACCAUCUCUAAAGACAUCAGGACUGCGGACGGGACCGUGACUCUGCGGUGGCCCGUGUUUCAGCUGGCCAGGAACCUCAGAGCCAUGCACCACCUCGGGUCCGACAAGGACUCCCUGCCAGCCCACAGGGAGGUGGAGACCCUGAAAUACAGCGAGGUGGCUGCCGCUGCCUCUGUGACCUGGCAGAGAGGGAAGACCUGCAUCCAAAGCACCGUGUCCCUCCUCUCCAACUGCCUCAAGAAUGGGGAGAACGUUGCCUUUGUCCUGAAGGACGUAGGAGUGCUCCUCUUUGAAGGCAUGAGCUUUGGAAUUAAAUACUACUACGACUUCCUUGAGAAGCUCUCUGGGAAGGAGAAAUUCAGAAAAGCUGUCUUCAAGGCCCCCUGGCUGCUGGACACGCUGGUGUCCCGGGUGGCACCGGUGGCCUCCCUGACGCACUCUGGCCGCCUCGUCGUCUUUCCCAUGUUUCAGAAGCAGGUUGCACCCAAACCACCUCCCAAGAUAUUCCGCAAGGCCUCCGGAGAUCUCCAUGGUGAGGGGAAGCAAAAGAAAGAAGGGGCUUUGCCACCUCUUGUCCGGGGCAAGAAAGUGAGGUUUGAUGAAGUGCCAACCUACAUCAGACGCUUCAGCAUGGCAAGUACUGCUGGACAAAGCUCGGGAAGCAGAAGAAGCUUACAGCAGAAGGAGAGCUUUUCGUCCAGUCCGCUGCCGGCGGUCCCGAGAACGUCUGAAGCCCGCGAGCAGCCAGUGAGCCGGCAGCUGCAGGGCCAGGCAGGAAACGAAGGCCAAGAACACCUGGGCCAAACAACAGGAAAAAAACACGUCAGGUUCCGCGGAGAUGAACAAGGAGCGGGACAGGACCAUGAGGCUGGAGCGGCGGCCAUGUGGAAAGCAAAGGCCUCGCACCCUCAGGUUGCCAGGAGGCAGGUGGCAUCUCGCAUCAAAGAAAGGAGAUGUUCAUUAAGGGCUGAGUCCAGCCUGUCCAGGGACACCAAAGGCCACGCAUCCCGGCCGCCGUUACUGCCACGUGACUCUGUCAAACUACUCAGGCAGAGGCAGAUGGCUAAGGAGGACAGGCCAGCGCAGGCAGAACCUCGGGAGACGGCAGCAUCACCGUUUCACCGUGAGUGCAGCCUGCCCGAGGAGCCCUCCACCUGCAGAUCUGGUUCGCUGCCACCCAUACGCAACAGACCAGAGUCUCCCAGGAGUCCGCCUCCAAGGACCACAGCCCCGCGCCGCAGGCCGCCAACACCCUACCCGUUUCUGCCACGUGACUCUGUCAAACUACUCAGGCAGAGGCAGAUGGCUAAGGAGGACAGGCCAGCGCAGGCAGAACCUCGGGAGACGGCAGCAUCACCGUUUCACCGUGAGUGCAGCCUGCCUGAGGAGCCCUCCACCAGCCGAUCUGGUUUGCUGCCACCCAUACGCAACAGACCAGAGUCUCCCAGGAGUCCGCCUCCAAGGACCACAGCCCCGCGCCGCAGGCCGCCAACACCCUACCCACGCUGAGCAGGGCAUGGGGUGCCCGGGACAGACAGAGCUGCCCCUGAGCCUGCAAAACCCCAUCCGCAUCCUUCCUGGGUGCCAGCUCCCUCUAGAAAAGCAGAGGUAGAGGGACAGUGGGGACUGGGCUGGAUUCAAGAAAGAACAUUCACACUAGAAGCUGCGGAACAAGAUAGAUAAACGGCAUGAGAAAGGAAUGCUGAGAACUAAGGAUGCCUCCAGGAGACAAAAACAUGAGUCAAGCGAGCCACACGAUCGCCACACGAUAACAACCCUGGUUGGAGGAAGAGCGCGUGGCUACGAACAACUCGUGACACCGAUGGAUAAGCGCCUGCAUGCACGCUUAAGGAGUCGACCAGGGGCGACUGUGUGCAAUGAUUUCUUGACAUGGAAAGGGGGGUGGGAAAGUGGGAAAGAGAGAACUUGGGGAUAUUUGAACCUACAAUAAACAAUUUGGAUCAUUCA